GAUCGCUCCCACCCCCUUCCGCUCCGAGGCCUCGAGCCGCCCGAGCCUUCUCUCCGUCUCCGCCCCUACGUGCGGGGCGGUGUGUUUAAGGGCGGGUCGGUCCACCCCUUCUCGCUCCGCGGCCUAUAGGCGCCCGAGCCUUCUCUCCGUCUCCGCCCCUACGGGCCAGGCGGUGUUUUUUAACUCCGCCGGCCGGCCGAUCGUGAGCCAUAGGUUGGGAAUACAUAAAUCUAGUCUGUUAAUUCUGUUUUGAUGUUUCUGCGUCUAUGAUUUCACAGGUAACAACGUAAUUGCAUAAUAUAUAUUAUCUAUUUGUGUUAAAACAUUUUAAAAUUUGUGUUAUACAUUUUUUUUAAAUUUUCCUAUGUGUUCUACAAUUCUUCUCUCGUUCAACAUGUUCAUGUUGUCUCCACUUUUAAAAUAUUUAAUUCUUUUCCCCGGCCCUUUGGCCCUUUCUAAAUUCUAUAUCCUUCCUCAAAAUUCUUUAUUGUGUCACAAUUAUCCAUUCUAUCCCACAAUUAUUGCUUCUCUUACACUCUGCCUUCUCUCAUAGAGAUCCUCAUAACCAUUUCCGGUUAUCUCCCACAGUUCUCACUUUUUAAUAUAAUUGAUUAGAAGAAUCAUACCUUUCUUGUUCCUGAGAUUCUAAGGUUUUCCAAGAUCGGAGGCAGUAGGAGGUCUCUCUCUCUCAGGAUCACGGCCAGAGAACAGAGAAUUGGUAUGCCUUGGGUAUAAAGACAAUAUCACUAGUUCCACAGCGGGUCAGAGAACAUAUAACAUACCAGGUAUUUUAGAUACUGCUGGGAAUACAAAAGUGCUGAACGAAGGCUUUGUUCUUUGGGAAUCUGUAUUCAAAUAAUUUAAAGAUCAACUAACAGUACACUUCAUCUAAAGAGAUACUCUAAAUCAUGUUUGAUUUUAAACAUUAUUUGAUAGAGAUUGAUGGGGGGGAGACUGAUAGUGAAAACUUGAUUGAAGAAGAAAUUUCUGUUUGGAGCUAUUUCAAAUACAUUCAGGUUUCACUACAGAUUUGUACAGAAAAGGUCUUGUAACAAAGAAAUAUUUGGUUUUAUGUGUCUGUUAGCCAUGACCAUGGUGCUUUGAAAAGUUCCCCCAGCUUUGUUAGAUGAUGGGGGUUUCCUAAGCAAUUAGCAUUCCAGAAUCGAAAUAACUUUCUACAACUUGUUUUCUUAGAUUCCUGACCAUCGUGAAAGACCCUUGAUAAGAAAUAUUUAUUGCCCUGUGUGGUAAGAGCAAGCAUUUGAUCCCAGCCUACAGGAGGCAGAGCAGUGCCAACUGUGGACCACAAAGACACUUCAGCCCCAUUCUUCCCCUUUGUUCUGCGUGUAACAGUUCGGUGGGGAGAAGAAGCCGGAGAAGGAGCUAGUGACAUUCAUUUUUAGCAGGGACUGAAGAACACCUCUGUCUUCGUUAGGAUUUUGCUGCUGUGAACAGAGACCAUGACCAAGGAUGAACAGCAACUUCCAGCACUCUGAAAUCUAGCCAAAAGAUUAGUACCAGUUUGAUAUGUUCCUGUGAUUCAAGUUCAUGGAUUCCUCAGCAAUUGGAUCUUACUGUAAAGAUCUCUACAGAGAAGCGACUGCAUCAUUGACUGCAUCCCAGAAGUGGAAAGUAGUAGCUUCCCCAAAAGAAGAAAUGUGGUCUGGAGUUCGAUAUGGCUACGGACAGUUUCAGAGAGAACGAGUACCACCUCAAAACCAUCCCAGUGAUGGCUACCAUAAAGUAGUUAAUGUGCCAAAGAGACCACCUCUGCUGGACAAGAUACCACCUCAAGUAGUGAAUGUGCCAAAGAGACCACCUCUGCUGGACAAGAUACCACCUCGAGUAGUUAAUGUGCCAAAGAAACCACCUCUGCUGGACAAGAUACCACCUCAAGUAGUUAAUGUGCCAAAGAAACCACCUCUGCUGGACAAGAUACCACCUCAAGUAGUUAAUGUGCCAAAGAAACCACCUCCUCUGUUUGACAACAUACCACCUCUGCUAGCCAGACCUGGUGACGGAUAUUACAGUCAUGAUGCCUUCCGAGUGUGUGAUGAGGGUCAGAGUUUUUUUCGUGAUCAGAGAAGAUCAAGAAGAAAUUAUCAUUCUGCAAGCUGGCAGCCUAACUACAGGAACAGGAGAGGUGGUCUUAGAAGAAAAACCUUCUCUUCCCAUCAUCCAAGAGAUCGAUCUUCCCAUUAUGCAAGAGAUCGGUCUCCCCAUUAUGCAAGAGAUCGGUCUCCCCAUUAUGCAAGAGAUCGGCCUCCCCAGUAUGCAAGAGAUCGGUCUUCCCAGUAUGCAAGAGAUCGGUCUCCCCAGUAUGCAAGAGAUCGGUCUCCCCAGUAUGCAAGAGAUCGGUCUCCCCAUUAUGCAAGAGAUCGGUCUCCCCAGUAUGCAAGAGAUCGGUCUUCCCAGUAUGCAAGAGAUCGGUCUUCCCAGUAUGCAAGAGAUCGGUCUUCCCAGUAUGCAAGAGAUCGGUCUUCCCAGUAUGCAAGAGAUCGGUCUUCCCAGUAUGCAAGAGAUCGGUCUUCCCAGUAUGCAAGAGAUCGGUCUCCCCAGUAUGCAAGAGAUCGGUCUUCCCAUUAUGCAAGAGAUCGGUCUCCCCAUUAUGCAAGAGAUAGGUCUCCCCAUUAUGCAAGAGAUCGGUCUCCCCAUUAUGCAAGAGAUCGGUCUUCUCAUUAUGCAAGAGAUCGGUCUCCCCAGUAUGCAAGAGAUCGGUCUUCCCAGUAUGCAAGAGAUAGGUCUUCCCAUUAUGCAAGAGAUCGGUCUUCUCAUUAUGCAAGAGAUCGGUCUCCCCAUAAAAGGGAUGCUCCUUUCGUCAGAGAAUCAACUGCAGGGUGGAAGAACUCCCAACACAACAGAUCUGGCUCCAUUAUCAGUGGUAGAAGCUAUGCUCUGGAGCAAAGUAAGACACAUUUAUCUCCUAAGUCUCAGAAUACACUUAAAGAUGGAUCCAAGCAAUCUUUGAAAAUUUCAAGAGAUAAUUCAUCCCCAAGAUCAUCAGCAGUUUCUUCAUCCAAGAUGUUAGACAAAACCAUCAAGCUAACUGAGAAGGAACUUGCUGAGGCUGAAAGCAAGUGGGCUAACGAAACACUAGAGCAGUCCAACAAAAAUCACUUGACUGAAAUUUCUAAGUUUCAGGUGAGAUCCAUGGCACCCCUAGUUAUUGAUCAGACAGAAGGACCCAAGUCAAAUACAGAAAAUGCCAUAGCAAUGAAUGAAGACAGCCAACUUAGCAGCCGCACUAAAGCCAUCAUAUCGAAGACCAAACAGAUCGAGGAGGUUUACCUACAAUAUUGUGAGACUUUUGCAAUAGUGGUGAAAAUGCUGCUUGACAAAGACCCCUCAUUACAAAAGUCUAUCCAGUUUGCACUGAGACAAAAUUUACAGGAAAUGAGUGAGCGCUGUGUUGAAGAACUCAACUGUUUCAUUACUGAGUAUGAUAAUUCUCAAGAUUUCGGAGACCCUUUUAAGAAGUAGUACACAGGUCAAAAAAAUUUUUUUGGUUCUUUUCUCCUUGGAUUGUGUAAAUCCUUACUAUUUUGUGAUGAAGAAAAAUACUUUGACAGCUGGAUGCAUUUCCAAUAAUAAACAUCUACAAUAACUUUU